GCAGUUCUCCCGUGAGAGGGUCCUUGCGGUGAAUCAGGCACACUCGCUCAGCAGUAGAAGACUCCGAGUUCUCGGUAUUCUGCAGGGAUGAGUCAUGUGGCAGUGGAAAAUGCGCUCGGGCUGGACCAGCAGUUUGCUGGCCUAGACCUGAACUCUUCAGAAAAUCAGACUGGAGGGAGUACAGCCAGUAAGGGGCGUUACAUUCCUCCACAUUUAAGGAACAGAGAAGCUACUAAAGGGUACUACGACAAAGACAGUUCAGGGUGGAGUUCUAGUAAGGAUAAGGAUGCAUACAGCAGUUUUGGAUCUCGUAAUGAUUCAAGAGGGAAGUCUAGUUUCUUCAGUGAUCGUGGGAGUGGAUCAAGGGGAAGAUUUGAUGAUCGCGGACGGGGUGACUAUGAUGGCAUUGGCAGCCGUGGAGACAGGGGUGGCUUUGGCAAAUUUGAACGUGGUGGAAAGAGUCGCUGGUGUGACAAAUCAGAUGAAGAUGACUGGUCAAAACCACUCCCACCAAGUGAACGCUUGGAGCAGGAACUCUUCUCUGGAGGCAACACUGGGAUUAACCUUGAGAAAUAUGAUGACAUUCCAGUUGAGGCAACAGGCAACAACUGUCCUCCACAUAUUGAAAGUUUCAGUGUGGCUGAUAGGGACAAAUGGCGUCUGGGCCCCAACCGGAUCCUUUGA